AUGGGAGGAUUCUACAUGCAGUAUCUUGAGAGCCUGUGCCGGCGUCGUGGGUGGCGAGACCCUUCGUACGAGUGUUACAGAGACCCCAGUGGCUACACGUGCCUGGUACUGGUAAAUGGGCGCGAGUACCAGACAGAUCUGGCAUACGAAUCGGACCAUCUCGCGCAGGAGAAUGCGGCCAUGAGGGCCUUCAUGGUUUGCCGGAAUUUUUCUGUCAAUGGAGGCAUGCUUGCGCGUAACGGCAUUGUCCAGGGUCUUCCAGCCAAUGAUACCACCAGGCGCAAGAAGUCCCGCCAUGCUUCGUCUGGCCAUGGCCACGGCCAAAAGGAGAGCCGUCAUAGGUCCGGCCAUCACUCGAGUAGCAGCUCGACUGCAUCCUUCGAAUGA